AUGUCCGAGAACGAACAACGGUUAGUGACGACACUGACCAGGCCCAGUGGUGUCGGCCCGUCUGACACGGAUGCAUCGGUACCAUCUGCCUCUGGCCAAGGCCAUCAAACUGCCAAACCCGGAAGGCGACGGCGCGCCGCCGAAUCGACAAACAAACCUCCCAAGAACCAACACUUCUACUUUGUUGAUCAGAACUCGUCAUCCAAAGAAAAGCGCGCUCAUGUUAUGCGCCACCAUGUACAGGAAAAAAGGAAACAGCGCAAAAUGUCACAUGCGACACCUCCCAGAGACCAUAUCCCAGAUUAUACCUCAUAUCCGGCAAAGAAAGAGGCAGGAGCUGCCGAACAGAGUCGAUUGGAAACGCCCUCGACAGCUGCGCAAAACUUCCCCAACAGGGAAACUUCGCUUCAAAUCAGAUUCUCAAACAUGAAACCGCAACCUCAUACCCCCGUGCUACCACACAUUGGCUCGCCAAUCACUAUACUCGAUGCUUCGCGAAGGGAUCCGUUCGCCAGUCUCCCAAUCGAAUACGACAGUAUGGAUGUUGAAUUGGCUGACUAUUGGAGGAACAAGUUGUCAUACUGGUCCGGACAAAACCUUCACGUGAAAAACCAGAUUUUCCGUACGGCUAUGGGACACCCUCUUUCAUUCAAGGCAGUAGUCCUGUCAUACUGUGCGCGGUGGAAGGCACAACUGUACGGCAUCUCUGACAGCACCGAAAUUCAACGUCAUGUUGGUCAAGCUACGAAACUCAUCGAUGACGCUACCUCAGGCUCGGCGCUAGUCAAAGCGGAUGAUCUUGCAAUGGCCUUGGGUGGAAUGGCCUUGCACGAAGGGCGUUUCGGGAGCAAGCAACUGGCCCAGGUAUAUAUUGACCGUGCGGUCCAGGUCAUGCGACCGCGAACCGGAACCAAUAGGCCCGUGGAAGUAUUUAUCCACUACAUCCGAUACCUGAUGAUGCCAGAAGGCCCCGAGAUCAGCUUGACUGAGCAGCAAUGGCUGCUCACUUUUCUGCACGGAGCCGAAGACCUCAUGCGGCAACACAGCUCCCCCGAAUACCUCCUCCAAGCACCUCAUAGGCUCAAGGUUUUCCAGAUGGAAAGCCCUCUAUUUUCCUUGCUGUCUAGUGGACCGCGGCCCUCCCAAGUGCCGCACGAGUCACGUGUAUACGUCGUUCGCGGUGCGCAUACCCAAGAAGUCACCCGAACGGCGGCGCUCAUUUAUAUUACGGCUGCACUGUGGGAUUUCCAGGAGUCCCCAAGUAAGACCGACCGGUUCCUUCACUUUUUAUCUGCUACGGCGAAACAGCACCAUCUUGAUCGGGAUCCAGCUUGCGAAACCCUUCUGUGGUUACUGCUGGAGGAAGGAUACGAUUCCGAUUUACAAGACCCCGAACGUGGAUGGUCCACUGGCGAGCUGGUCAAGGCGCACAAACGGCUACGGCCUGACCUCCAAUUCCAGUUCAAUGAGAUUCUAAUGAGUUUCUUAUCUUUUCAGACACCUAUUCGCGGGGUCGCUGCAUUUGAAGAAGAGCUUCGAAGUAGUUCACAUAGUUCUCAAUAA